AUGACCAAAGAUCAAGCUACCGCAGUCCAUGUGGCGUCUUCGCCACAAGACCCUUCGCACGAAGAGCACCAAUACCUCAACUUGAUCCGUACAAUCCUCUCUGAAGGCGAACACCGACCCGAUCGCACAGGCACAGGUACAAAGUCAAUCUUCGCACCUCCACAGCUCCGAUUCUCCCUUUCGAAGCCAAACCCAGAAGGCGGCGACCCAAUCUCUGUCUUGCCACUUCUCACCACCAAGCGAGUCUUUCUUCGUGCGGUGCUUGCCGAGCUUCUCUGGUUCAUCUCCGGCUGCACUUCAUCAUUGCCCCUUUCCGAGGCUGGCAUCAAGAUCUGGGAUGGAAACGGCAGCCGUGAGUUCCUCGACAAGUCCGGCCUCGGCCAUCGUGAAGAAGGCGACUUGGGGCCCGUGUACGGCUUUCAAUGGCGCCACUUUGGCGCCGAGUACGUCGAUGCCAAAACAGACUAUACCGGCCAAGGAGUUGACCAGCUCAAGGAGGUUGUUAACAAACUAAUUAACAACCCCUUCGACCGCCGCAUUAUUAUGAGCGCAUGGAACCCCGCCGAUUUGACCAAGAUGGCUCUGCCCCCGUGCCACAUGUUCGCUCAAUUUUAUGUCUCCUUCCCACCCACCAUGAAACUUGAUGAGAGGACUGGCCGCCCAACGGAGAAGGGUACCCUGUCUUGCGUGCUCUACCAGCGCUCUUGUGACAUGGGUCUUGGUGUCCCCUUCAACAUCGCCUCUUAUGCUCUUCUCACUCAUAUCCUUGCCCACGCUGCAGACUUACACCCUGGAACCCUUAUUCACACCAUGGGAGAUGCUCAUGUGUAUCUUGACCAUGUCGAUGCGCUCAACGAGCAGCUCACUCGGGAACCGACAGAGUUCCCUGAGCUGAAGAUCAAGCGUGAUGACCGUGGUAGUGCAGACGUCGAUGGCUGGAAAGAAGAUGAGUUUGAAGUCAUUGGAUAUAAGCCUCAUAAGAUUAUCAAGAUGAAGAUGAGCGUCUAA